AUGUCGAAUGAAACGAUACCCAUUGUUUCCCUUACCAACAGCUCAGACGUAGCUGUCACGAUGGAUCUCUCCAAAGUGUCGUCGGGACAAAUGAUCACUGCAUGCUUUGCCGAUACGGCCGCCUUCGUGUUGAUCAGCCAGCGUGCAUACGCAUACAUUGUAAGAGGCGGGAAAGGAUCUACCUUUCGUACCGUACUCUGUCUUUGGCUACUCAGUGCCACACGUCUUAUAUGGGGCCUGUCGGCUGUGUACCUCGCAUACUCACAGCAAUCCGAACCACAAGUUCGUUCUUACACACAGCGCUCAUUUCUGAAGAUCGUCGUCGCAGGCGUUGCCUUCUUCAUCGCCACGCUAUGUAUUUACGCCUGCAUAACCAUUGUCGUAUGGAAGGAAAUAUCUUCCGCAGUGGGGAAAAGCAAGCUUACAACAUCUCUCUCGAUUCUGCUUCUGUGGAUUCCGCCCAUCUUCGUUGACGAACUUGAAACGGACUUUGCCUUAACCCAUAUCUUAGCCGUCACGCAGAUGGGAGUCCACGGCACCACUCACGCUGUCAUAUCGCCCAGGGAUAAAUUUUCAACACAUUGUCUUCGCUUGCGGAUGCCUUCACGGCUGCAUUCCUUUACCCACGCACAACAGCCUUCGCGAGUUCGUCGGUCCCUUGUCGCCGUCAUUAUGUGCGCGGCAAACUUCCUGAUCAUCCACCUCAUUGUUCGAAUCUACUACUUUGCUUGGGGAUUCAUCCCAGGAGGGCCUUUCAUUGGCUUGAGCGAUGUGUACAGCCUACUUUACCUAAACAUCAAGAUCAAACACGCGGCUAUAGGCAGCAGUGGUGGCUCAGAGUUGGCUAAUAGGGCUCCGGAAGAGCUCGAGAUGCUACGUCCAAGCUCAUCAGCGGGAGGGGCGGCGAGGAGCCGGGCGCCUGCUCGAUCGGUAGCCACAGAUGAUGCGUGUGAUGACAUGUCAUAA